AUGCCUCACAAGCACAAGAGGCAACGCAGGGAUGAAGGAGCUUCCUUUGACCUCCCGCCAACGUCCAUUGCAAAGUCACUCCCAGCCUUCCACAGAAUAAAGCCAGAUGAUGAACGCAAACGAAAGCGAAAACAUGACGAGACUCGAGCCAAUGCAGACGGCUCAAAAGUCACAAACCUCAAAGACGAUACUCCUCGCGCAUUCGCACGUCUCUUGAACUAUCAAAAGAUAGGGAAGCAGCCUGCUCACACUCUUGAUGAUGGUAUUACCGUAAAAGGCAUCAAGCGCAAGCGGGAUGUAGAAGAUACAACCAAGACAGCAUUGAAAGCUAAGGAGCUGCCCACCGCGACUUCAAAAACAGCUACAAACAAUGCCCUCGACAUAAAGAUCCUCCCAGGCGAGCGACUAGGCGAAUUCUCUGCCAGAGUGGACCAAGCUCUUCCGAUCACCGGUUUACGAACCAAAGGUCAGACAGGCAGUAUCAAAAUUCCAGGAAUCAAGGCGGAAGAACGUAAGACCAAGCACAACCGCCGGUUGGAGCGGAUGCAGAAGCAGUGGCGGGAGGAGGAGUCACGAAGGAAAGCGAAGCUAGAAGAGGAGAUGGAAGAGAAGGAGGAUGAAAGAGAAGAACAGCAGCUUCUCUGGGGAGGAGUUAAAGCUGGGAGGAAGAAGGGCAAGAAGAGGAUAGGAGAAAAGAAUACUAGUGGUGAGGAUGAGGAUCCCUGGGCCGAACUGGAAGAGAAGAGGCGAGACAGCAGGCAGAAGAAUUUGCAGGAUGUUGUACAGGCCCCUCCUCAACUGAAGGGAGUGAAGGGUAAGUUCAAGGACUAUGUGGUUGCUGGUGUCGAUGUGGGCGAUGUGCCUGGUAGAGUGGGAAGCUUGAGGAAAAGGGAGGAAAUCGGGUCCGCAAGAAGAAAGGUCAUCGAAGAAUACAGGAAAAUCACCAGAAGGAAGAAUCAAGUUAACCAAGUAUGA